AGUGUCUCAAAGACAUGAAUAUCAGUCUUCCUGCAAUGAGAGUUUCAUAUUGAACGUUCCAAUGAGCUACUUUCCAGAAGAGGAAAAUUUUUCUUUGAACCAAUUCCAAAGUGUUCUAGGAAAAGGGUUCGAAGUGAAAGUGAAGAUCGAUGAGAUAACUUGUCAAGAAUGUUCGUCCUCUGGUGGAAUUUGCGGCUUCCAUAAUACCACACAGGUUUGCUGUGAGACUUCACUCACGGGAGUUAAAUGUUCACCAAAGCGUCAACCUAGUGCUGUUGAGCUCCAUAAACUCUGCGGUAUCCCAUUUAUCUGCGGUGACCAAAGUGAUCUCUUGUACCCUUUCUGGAUUCCUGGUAGAGAAGAAUGCGGCCACCCCGACUUUAAGCUCAGCUGUUACGGAGGAUUCGCAGAGCUUAACAUCCUAUCCGUGAAGUUCAGAAUCUUAGAGGUAAACUAUACAUCUCGUAUCAUAAGACUCGCCAGAUCUGAUUAUAUUGGCAAUCUUUGUCCUUUAUAUCCUUCAAAUGCGCCAUUUGACCAAAACGUCCUACUAUUUGCACCUAACACCGAGCUGCUAACAAUUUAUUCCAACUGCCAAGACUUUUCAUUCUCAACGCCUGUGUACGAUCCUACUUACUUCAAAGAGCUUCGUUGUGACGGUGAAGACAAAAUAAGUUACUAUGUGACGAGAAACUUCUCUUCCCCAUUACUUGACGGGGUUAGAGAGCUUUUAAAGAUCCUCAGUGUAUUGUGCUCAAACGCUAGUAUUCCUGUGUCCGGACCUGCGCUGAACACACUUCAGAAAUUUCAGACGUCAGAUUAUUUGAAAAAGGCUCUUGAAGAGGGUUUCGAGCUUGGAGUUAACCGAGAUUGCUACAUGUGCAUAGACUCUGGGGGUGCUUGUGGAUAUAAUCAUAACUCAAGUGGAUUCAUCUGUUAUUGUAACAACGGGCCACACCAUCUUACUUGCGGUUCUAGAAAGAGUAGUCAUGGGACUGUCAUAACAAUUCUCAUAGGUUCGGCUUCACUAGCAGGUGUUGUGCUACUGGUCAUAUUCACAUUGUUACUUAGAAAGAGAAAAACAUCACAUGAGCACAGACAACAGAAUCUGACUCUUAUUCCACUGAAACACUACAGUUACGCGCAAGUGAAGAAAAUUACAAAGUCAUUUGCAGAAGUGGUUGGGAAAGGAGGAUUUGGAACGGUCUAUAGAGGAAGCCUUUCGGAUGGUCAUAUGGUUGCAGUGAAGGUCUUGAAAGACUCAAAGGGAAAUGGAGAAGACUUCAUUAACGAAGUUGCGAGCAUGAGCAAAACAUCGCAUGUUAACAUUGUUUCCUUGCUUGGAUUCUGCUCUGAAGGUUCCAAGAGAGCAAUUAUUUAUGAAUAUUUGGAAAAUGGAUCUCUUGAUCAGUUUAUCUCAAGCAAGACGUCAAUGAACUUGGAUUGUAUGACGAUGUAUGGGAUCGCGCUUGGUGUUGCUCGUGGUUUAGAAUACUUGCACUAUGGCUGCAAAACUAGGAUCGUGCAUUUCGAUAUUAAACCACAGAACGUGCUUUUGGAUGAGAAUCUUUGCCCCAGAGUUUCUGAUUUCGGACUUGCAAAACUCUGUGAUAAGAAAGAGAGCAUUAUGUCACUGCUAGAAACUAGAGGGACAAUAGGGUACAUUGCGCCAGAGAUGAUCUCCAGAGUAUAUGGGAGCGUGUCUCACAAGUCGGAUGUAUACAGCUAUGGAAUGUUAGUCCUUGAAAUGAUAGGAGCAAGGAAUAAACCAUACACGGAACAUUCUGGAUCUAAUACAAGCUCAAUGUACUUUCCAGAAUGGAUCUAUAAGGAUCUUGAUGAGAAGGGAGACUAUGGAAAGUUUUGCGGGAAUGGAUUCCCCAACGGAGAAGAGGAGAUUACAAAGAAGAUGACAUUGGUUGGAUUGUGGUGUAUUCAAUCUUCCCCAUCAGAUCGCCCGGCAAUGAACCGAGUAGUAGAGAUGAUGGAAGAAAACCUGAAUGCUCUUGAGGUCCCUCCUAGGCCUGUUUUGCAGCAGAUUCCUACGGGACAUCUUCAAGAAUCGUCUACGCUUUCAGAGGAUAACUCGAUUUACACAGGACUAUAUAUAUUCCAUGAAUGUUGCAUAAAGAAAGAAUCCUCCUUGGUAGUUACUAAAUGUGGGAACAUCACCGCUGGUUUCCCCUUCUGGGGAGGGAAUCGUCGCAAACAUUGCGGUCAUCCAUUGCUAGAGCUUAGCUGCAACCAAAACAAUAGUACCUCUUUAUUCAUCUCAGACCAAGAGUUCUAUGUUCUCCAUGUCGAUCAAACAUCUUACACUCUUACACUUGCCAAACCAGACCUUUUAGAUUUCUUUUGCUCCUUUACAUUCACCAACACAACCUUACCAUCAGAAAUUUUUGAGAUUUCGUCAAACUACAAGAGCGUCACAUUCUACCACCAUUGCAAACCUCAUCUUCCUUACCUUUCUAAAUAUACAUGUCCUGGGAUAGGACCUCCGAUCACAGUUUCUGGAAACCCUGAAUAUCAUGAGUCCUGCCUUGCCAGUUUCGCCACGAACGUUCCAAAGAACUUUGUUCUAGAAGAGAAAAAGUUGAAUAUGAGCAAUUUGGAAAAUGUUUUAAGAAAAGGAUUUGAGGUGAAGGUGAAGAUCGAUGAGAACGCAUGUCAAGAGUGUUUGUCCUCUCAUGAACACUGUGGCUUCACCGAAACCUUUCCAUUUGAAGUUAUAUGCAAACCUCACAAUUCACCAACUACUUCUGAGCUUGAGCUUCAUAGACGCUGUGGUGGCCCAUUUAGCUGUGGUGAUCAGAGCGAGCUCUUUUAUCCUUUCUGGACAUCUGGCAGAGAAGACUGUGGCCACCCUGGCUUCAAGCUUGAUUGUAGCGGAGGAUUCGCAGAGCUUAGCAUCUCCUCCGUGAAGUUCAGAAUCCUACAAGCAAAUUAUGUCUCUGGUAUCAUAAGACUAGCCAGAUUGAAUUAUAUCAGCAACGAUCUUUGUCCCCAAAAUCCUAUAAAUGCUCCAUUCGACGAAACCGUCCUUCCAUUUGCUCCCAACACCGAGCUGCUAACACUUUAUUACAACUGCAGUCGAGCAUUUUCAGAGUUUGUUUCCACUUUUGUUAAAGAGCUUUAUUGUCAGGAUGAUGAUGACAGAAGAAAUUACUAUGUGACAAGACAUCUCUCGUCCCCUCCUCCCCAAGGGAAUAGCGGCUUAUUAAACGUCUUCAGGGAAUUUUGCAGUAGAAACGUCAGCAUUCCCGCAUCUAGACUAGCGCUUGACGCACUGGGGACAACUCCAAGUACAGAUAAUCUAAAGGAGGCACUUGAAGAGGGAUUUGAGGUUAAAGCUAACUCAGAUUGUCGGACGUGCAUAGACUCUAAGGGUGCUUGUGGAUAUGAUCAAACCUCAAGUAGAUUCGUCUGCUAUUAUAUAGAAGGGCCACAAAACCCUACUAGAAACAAGGAUGUCUCUAAAGGAGCAAUAGCAGGCAUUGGGGCUGCAUCCUUUGCAAUAUUGGGCGUCAUUUUUGUAGUCACAUGUUUGUCCUGUCUCAUCAGGCGGCGAAGGAAGACAUCAGAUGAUCUGAAAAGGAAGAUAUCGAAUGAUCUGAGAAGGACGACAUCAGAUGAUUCGAGACAACACUAUCUAAAGGCCCUUAUUCCAUUGAAACACUAUAGCUACGUGCAAGUGGAGAGAAUUACAAAUUCAUUCGCCGAAGUGAUUGGAAAAGGCGGAUUUGGAACUGUUUAUAGAGGAACGCUUUGUGACGGUCGUAGUGUUGCUGUGAAGAUCUUGAAAGAGUCACAGGGUAAUGGGGAAGACUUCAUCAAUGAAGUUGCGAGCAUGAGCAAAACUUCUCAUGUCAACAUUGUUACCCUGCUUGGAUUCUGCUCUGAAGGGUCCAAGAGAGCAAUUAUCUACGAAUUUAUGGAAAAUGGCUCCCUUGAUAAGUUCAUCUCUAGCAAGAGGUCAUCAAAUAUGAACUCGCGAGAACUAUAUAGAAUUGCGCUAGGCGUCGCUCGUGGUCUAGAGUACUUGCACCAUGGCUGCAGAACAAGAAUUGUACAUUUCGACAUAAAACCACAGAAUGUACUCUUAGAUGACAAUCUUUGCCCCAAAGUUUCAGACUUUGGCCUUGCUAGGCUCUGCGAGAAGAAAGAGAGUAUUUUAUCAUUGCUAGAUACAAGAGGAGCAAGGAACAAACCAUCAACUGAAGACUCUGCAUCGAACCCAAGCUCAAUAUACUUUCCAGAAUGGAUAUAUAAAGAUCUUGAGAAGGGAGACAAUGGAAGGCUUAUCAAGAACGACAUCAACAGCGAAGAAGAUGAGAUAGCAAAGAAGAUGACAUUGGUGGGUUUAUGGUGUAUUCAGUCAUCCCCAUCAGAUCGUCCACCAAUGGACAGAGUAGUAGAGAUGAUGGAAGGGAACCUAAAUGCUCUUGAAGUCCCUCCUAGGCCUGGUUUUCAAAUUCCCGCAGCGCCUGUUCAAGAAUCUUCUACGAUGUCAGAGGAUAUCUCUGCUUAUACAGGAGUAUGUUCUAUAAAUGUCGCAUAAAGAAAGAGAACCUCUCUGGAACCUAUACAUCUUUAGAGCUUUCUUUGACAUGAACAAUAAACAAUUGUGGCAUCA